AUGGAUACCUCAAUUGUUUCCGACGAUACGAGGGGUGGAGGCCGGUCGCGACGUGUCUCACUCCCGCCGGCGUACCUGCGAGCGUCGUACCAGCUGACGAUGCCGCGAGGUCGACUGUCGAACGGGAAACGUGGGGCGACCAUUCCUAAGCGCCUGAGCUUAGCCAAGAAGGGAAAGGAGGUGGUGCAGCCGGAGCAAGAUGACGGGACGGGCGCCGAAAGUGCAGAUUCGUCCGAGCGCAGCGAGGAGGAUGACGAGGAAGGCUCAGACACAUCGACCAGCGCCUCACACGAAGAAUCCGCCGACCCUGCUCCGGAGGCGAAGACGAACGAUGAUGGGUGUGCGGGAACCGCUGCGCCCAAUGCUGACAUGCGCGCAAGCCAAGGCGCGCGGGACACGGAUGUGCCUCGAGGUGACGGCCGAGGACAUGCGGACAGACCUGUGGACCGCACAUGUGGGAACACGUUGAACCCAAACGGCGAUGACGUGCGCAUCCCGAGCAGGGUCCUCGAGCAACUUAUACAGGCUCAGGACAAGAGCGCCAAGGAGAACGCGCGGUUGGAGGCGCUAUUCUUGAAUGCGAUGUCUCGGCCUUCCGGUGGCUCUCGUAAGCGUAAGGCGCAGAAGCAGAGAGACCCGGGACAGGGGUGUAUGAACCGGAAGUGUCAGCGUGGCAAGACGUGGAGUGGAGGGUCAGACGACGAGGCCGAGGACGACGAGGACGACACGCAUGGUUCUGGUGGCCAUCAUAUGCGUACCGCAAAGUCCCCUAUUCUGCAACGCGCGCUGGAGCAUUUGCCGACGGACAAGGCGUGGAAGAGGGUUUGCGAGCUCGCCAGGGUGCACAUGUUUCUCAACAGGCCGACGUCGACGAUGACCUUCUACCCGAGCAGCGACGAUAAGACUCAUGGAGUGUGUGCGGUGCUGGACCGCCUGCCGCAUAGCUUCGCUUGCUUGGCGUUGGCGGCUGACAAGUCGCGACGCGCGGACCUCAACAAGACGCUCUCUGAGUGGAAGACGCGGGCCGCCGCCCGCGUGCGAGACAUUGCACUUCCCAAGCUCGGCUUGUUCCGCGACGACAGGGACGCAUCCAGCCCAUGGGCACCAGAGAAGGAGCGCAGUAUCGAGAAGAUCCGGGAGCGCAUUGGGCUUGGCGCUGACCGCCCUGACCGGGACGGCAUGCCGUUUGCCUCUCGGGCGUUUGCGACAUGCGCGAAGGCUGCAUUCAGGCCUAAGAAGGCCGGGCUGGUGAUGACUCUGAAGGUGUACCACCUGGCCUGGUUGGAGCAUGUGGAAAGGCCGGCUUUCCAACUCGGCCGGGGAAACGCCCACGUUGUGGACGGCCUCAAGGUCCUGGUGAAGGAGGCCGUGGAGAGGGCGAUCCGGAUCCGCAACCCGGAGUAUGACGCGGAGCGCGAGGCGUGGACCUGGGGCCGCCAUGGACUGCGCAUCUCUGCGUGCGGCCUGGAGCACAUGAAGCCCACCGCCGCAGCUCAGUCCGAAGACCUCGUGAGGGAUGACGACCUUUCGGCGUCAGUUGGCGCGCCUGCUCCGAUCGAUGCAAUAAUAAGCGCGGUUCCAGGCAAAGUUGACAGCGUUGAAAUGCCCGUCCAUUCGUGCGCUCGGCAUUGCCACGUCAUUCCGCCACUAGCAUCGCUUCCCCCCCUUCCCUCGUUCCCUCUCGCUUCCAGUGCACAGCAGCAGGUCGCCCAGACAUGCAAGUCGUUCAGAAGACACACCACCGCUCUCAACCGCACUCCCAGCGCCUCUCUGCCGGCGUGCUCCUCCUCUCUGGGCGCAGACGGGCUAGCAGGAGCGCUGCUGUGCAGCCUGCUCUACCCGCAACCCCACGUGCUGAACCCGCUGCUGGCGUCACUGGUACCCUGGCUUCCACUCAUAUCGCUGCUGCUAGUGGGGGGGAUGGAAGUGGGGGGGGGCGUGGGGGGGGAGGCUGGGGGUAGCAGGCAAUUGGGUGGAGCAGCAGAGAAGGGGGCGGAGCGGAGGGCGUGGGAGUGGAUGUCUGAGGAGGUGGUGAGGAGACCAGGUGGGUGGGAGCAUGAUGACGACAGCAUGGCAGCCCUGUGGGAGCGAGACGCACCUGCUACUGAGAUAACAACUGGCAUGCCAUUGCAAGGGUCACAGGACCAGCAGGAGCAGCCUCUGCCUGUGAGGGAGGUGCUGUGGAAGAGAAGGCAUCAGAGGGACGUUCAGGAGGAGGACUUGCAGCGAGGGAGGAGAUUUCCCUGUGUUGUUGCCGCUUUUCAGGAAGCCUCCCUUGCUGGUGUGCCGGAGCGGGCAGCAACGGACCAGGCCUGUGCUGACGUGGCAGCGGUGGCGGCUUUGACUGGCCACUCUCCCGAGGCUAACGCUGCGAUAGUGGGUGGUGGUUCGGGAGAAGGCUUGGCAGAAGCAGCCGCUGCUCGGUCUGUGACGGUUCAACUGGGGAAUCUGCGAUUGCAAGUGCAGAGAGCAGACAUCCUUCCCGCCGCCGAUGGCAGUGGUGAUGGUAGGACUGAUGGAGAGGCAGGAAGGAGGGGGCCCACAGGAGGGCUGUUUGGCAGCGAAUGGGAGCAAGAGGAUGACAGUAACAAUAGCAGCAGCAUGAAUAGUACUAGGGGAUUGAAGCGUGGUGGUCAGUUCCCCUCCCCGUCCUCCGCCUCUUCCACUCCUCUGCCAGCAGUGAGGGAGGCAGCAGUGCAGACAGCACGAAACACAGUGGAUGUGAGGGGGCGGAGUGCAGAGGAUGCAUUAGCAGCGGUGGACCUAGCAGUGCAGUCCACCCCGGCUGGUGCUGUGCUCUUCAUUGUGCAUGGGCUUGGCACGGGUGUGCUUCGGGCAGCUGUGCUGAAAUAUCUCUUCCGGAAAGCAGGUUGA